CUUUAGGAAUCAAGCAGCGUCCUCUAUUCGACCACAAUGUCUCUCAAGCUCUACGCCAACCUCAUCAGCCAGCCUUCCCGCUCUGUGGCUUGGGUACUCAAGGUCAAGGGUGUCGACCAUGAACUCGUGCCAGUGCUGCCGGGCAGUGACUUUUUCAAGUCGGACGAGUUCAAGGCACUCAACCCCAACCGACUCGUGCCUGCCAUCAAGGACGACGACUUCGUGUUGACCGAGGGCAUGGCCAUCUUGCAGUACCUGGGCGACAGAUACGACUGGACAGGUCCCAAGGAUCUGUACCCCAAGGACCUUAAGAUCCGUGCGAAGGUCAACGAGUUCUUGCACUGGCACCACACCAACACUCGUCUCUUUACGUUGAACAUCGUUCGACCGGAGAUUGCUAAGAAACUCAACGCUGACUCGCCUAAGGACCAGGCGGCACUGGAGGGUAAAGAUGCACUCAUUGAGAAGGAAUUCACUCUGCUUGAAACCUUCUUGGUCAACGAUUUCAUCGCAAACGCCGACUUCCCCACGAUCGCUGAUUACACAGCUUACUGUGAGAUCGACCAGCUUGAACUCAUGGGCUACGACUUCUCCAAGUACCCCAAGGUCUGUGCCUGGAUCGCUCGCAUGAAGACCCAGCCGUUUAACGACGAGAUCCACGAACCUCUUAAGGGAUUUUUGAAGAGCUUCGGCCUCCUCGCCUAAGCAACAGCGAUAGAGAUCGCUUGUCAGUAUCCUUAAGCAUUAAUAUGCUCCAAAUUGCGGUGUUCUUAAAAGCAACUUGUCUUAAUCCGGGUGUCAGCAACACUGCUACACUUUUACAUGCACAGCGUCACAAACAAGUCUCUUAUAAUUCUC